CUUCCGGUCGGACUCUAUGGCACCAAGGAAGGGCAUGAGGCGAACGGGUCGAGGGCGGAAGUGUCUCUUCCUCGUGCUUCCGGUUUGUGUGGCCGGUGAAGCAUCAGGAACAAAUCUCUGAAAGUGUGAUGGAUCCUCUGCGGGCUCAACAGUUGGCAGCUGAGCUGGAAGUGGAGAUGAUGGCUGAUAUGUACAACAGAAUGACCAAUGCCUGCCACCGGAAAUGUGUUCCUCCACACUACAAAGAGGCUGAAUUGUCCAAGGGGGAGUCUGUGUGCUUGGAUCGUUGUGUCUCCAAAUACUUGGACAUCCAUGAACGUAUGGGCAAGAAACUGACAGAGCUCUCAAUGCAGGAUGAGGAGCUGAUGAAGAGGAUGCAACAAGGGGCUGGGCCAGCCUAAAACACGGCCUUUUGUUAAUGGACAGUUUGCCCUCCUUCUCCAGUACACACCCAGCAUCUGGCCUUAGUGUUAAUCCUUCCUUUUUGCCAAUAAAACUUCAAUGUUAUAUUGUC